AUGGACCAUCCGUGGCGCUUCCCCGCGGGCGCCGGCACCGGCGCCGACCUCUGCCCGGUCUGUUGCGCGCGCCACUUACCCUUCUGCCCGCCGCCGCCUCUCCCGCCGCAUCCCUUCCCCUACGACCUCCAGCCGCCGCCACCCCCUCCCCCACCGAACCCCUUCCCAUACGACUUCCACCCGCCGCCGCCACCGCCGCCGAUGUGGGGCCCUCCACCUCCCGGGCUGCACGACCCGCGUCCCUACGAGCUCCCCGGCUGGGAGGGGCCUCACAAGCGGAUGCGCGUGGGCGAGGCACCACCGUUCGAUCCGUACGACUUUGUGCCUCCGCCGCCGCCGGGAAGGGCUUCUGUGGAGGGCGACCGGCUGCUCGGCCUGAUCCGGGACCAUGGCCGCAAUCCACUUCCUGGUUGCCCACCUGACGGCGGCUUUGGUUACGGAGGAGGUAGAUUCUAUCCCCGGCAAGGAGGUGGUUUCGCGGAUUUCGACCACAAGUUGCCACCUCCCGUGCCGAUUGAAGACAGGCAUAAUGGCUUCGGUCAAGGUUUUAUGCCCGAAGAAGGCCCUCACCGGAAGUAUUUUGACGGUGCUAAUCACCAUUUCCAUCAGUUCCACCCAGAGGCAUUUCCUGGUGUGGCGCUGCACCCUCCACUGCCUCGCUAUCCUGAGGCAGCCAAUCCCCAUGGUUCACAUGCUUGGCAUCUUGAGGCUGGCGCUGUGCCACUGCCAGCAGAGCCUCCAUUCCCCUCUAACCAGGAUUACCGUGCUGCACCGCCACGGCCGACUGCAAAUUCGUCAUUGUUUCCUGUCCUUUCUGGUUCUCCAACAACAGAAAUUAUUCCAUCGACCGCUCAUACCUUACCUCAAGCUCAUCCGAUGCCAAACACAAACCGUUAUGAUGGACACAUCAACGAUGAGGGGCCAGGUUUCAUUUAUCGACCGCAGUCAGAGCAGAACUUGAUAGAUGGAAGGCCGACCAGUGCACAUUAUUCUCUGGAAAAUUCCAAAGUCACGAUCAUCAAUGCUUGUGAUUUGUUCAAGCCGCCCCUUCGUGGUUCACGCCCUGAUCAUAUUGUUAUCAUCCUCAGAGGGCUUCCAGGUAGUGGAAAGAGUUAUCUGGCAAAGGCAUUGCGCGAUCUUGAAGUUGAGAAUGGUGCAAAUGCGCCUAGGAUCCACUCCAUGGAUGAUUAUUUCAUGAUUGAAGUUGAGAAGAAAGUGGAAGACACUGAAGGCUCAAAAUCUUCUAGUGCAUCAAAAGGGAGGAGGCAGUUGACCAAGAAAGUGAUUGAGUAUUGUUAUGAGCCGGAAAUGGAGGAGACGUACAGGUCAAGCAUGUUGAAGGCAUUUUCAAAGACCCUUGACGAAGGAAAUUUUACAUUUGUGAUUGUGGAUGACCGCAAUCUGCGGGUAGCUGAUUUUGCUCAAUUUUGGGCAACUGCGAAGAAAUCAGGCUAUGAGGUGUACUUGCUGGAGGCACCAUACAAGGAUCCAACGGGCUGUGCUGCAAGGAAUGUGCACGGAUUUACAUUGGAUGAGAUAAAAAAGAUGGCAGCAGACUGGGAGGAGGCUCCACCACUGUAUCUGCAGCUAGAUAUACAUUCAUUGUUCCAUGAUGAUGACUUUCGUGGCCAUUCUAUACAAGAGGUAGAUAUGGACACUGAGGAUGUUGAUGAUGCUAAUGACACAACUAGCAUCAUUGCUGAGAACUCGCAGAAGGCUGUACAGGAUCCACCAUAUGAAGGCUUCUCAAAGCUAGGGGAGAAGUGGAACUCAGAAGUAGAAGAUGACCUGGAUGGCUUAAAAGAGCUAGGACAGAGUAAAUGGUCAAAAGAGUUUGAGGAUGACACUGAAAAGUCUAAAGAUACAGAGGAAAACACACAUGCUCUUUCUGGCCUGGCCCGGACAUAUAGCACUGGACGCAAGAGAGUCAGUUGGGGUGAUCGGCUUGAAAAGGGUGGGUUUUCCAUUUCUGCAACUAAAAGAAAACUUACUUCGUCACUAGUCAUAGGGCCUGGAUCUGGGUACAAUUUGGUCUCCAACCCCUUGGCUGAAGAUGAUUCCAUAGGGACAAAAGGGAAGACAAACAACGAGACCAAAAGACGGUUCAGUGAACAACUUCGUGUUGAAGGUGAAUCCUUCAGGGCAGUUUUUGACAAGACAAAGCAGCGCAUUGGAGUUUUUGAGAAUGGAGAGGAGGAAUAA